CAAUUCCUCUUUAACGCCUUCGCCAUUCACACGCAAUUAGAGAAGUUUUUAACUUAGGCUUUUAGAGAGAGAGAGAAAUAAAGAAGAGGGGGCGCAGAAAGCGGUGUUGGUGGAAGAGAAAGGAUGAAGAUUACAGCACUUUUGGUCUUGAGGUGCAAUCCUGAUGGAUCCGAUCCAGUCAUUUUGGCCAACGCCACCGACGUUAGCCAUUUCGGAUUCUUCCAGAGACCCAGUGUACGUGAAUUCAUUGUUUUCGUUGGUCGUACCGUCGCCAAACGCACGCCACUUGGCCAACGUCAAUCCGUCCAACAUGAAGAAUAUAAGGUGCACUCUUACAAUAGAAAUGGCCUCUGUGCACUGGGAUUCAUGGAUGAUCACUACCCUGUCCGAAGUGCAUUUUCUCUACUUAACCAGGUUUUGGAUGAAUACCAUAAGAACUUUGGGGAAUCAUGGAGAACUAUUCUAGCAGAAAACGUCCAACCUUGGCCCUAUUUAACCGAGUCUUUGACUAAAUUUCAGGAUCCUGCUGAGGCUGACAAAUUGCUGAAAAUUCAGAGGGAAUUGGAUGAAACAAAGAUUAUUCUUCAUAAGACCAUUGAUAGUGUCCUUGCACGAGGUGAAAAGCUCGAUAGUUUGGUUGAGAAAAGUUCUGAUCUCAGUGCUGCUUCACAGAUGUUCUACAAGCAAGCGAAGAAAACUAAUCAAUGCUGUACAAUACUGUGAGAUUGUCGACAAAAGAAAAGGGUUAUAAUUGAACAGAUGAGGUGGAGUUUCGUUGUGUCUCAGAUGAUAUGUAUAAUUGAAAACACGCAAGCAACAAUGACAGGAUGAUAUUGUUGUUUACUAUUUUAUGUCAGUUGUGAAUUGCUUGA